GCCUCCGGGCUCGUCCCGCCGCGCAGAGGGCGGCUAUGACAGUGAAUGACCGUCCUUCCCAAAAUACCGGCCUCGGCCCAGGUGGCAGCUCCUAGGCGGGAAAAUCCACUCCAAGAAAGCCUCUAUUCUGCAAGGCAAGGGUUCCAUUCUAUCCAGGAGCCCAGCCAGGAAAACUUUUGUGGCCUGUCACCUAGCUUUUACCAGCCACCUAUCCAAAGCCAGUUACCACCAACUAAAACCCAGGACAGCCGUGAAACCUCUCCUAUGAGUGUCCCUAAUCUCCCAUCCGUUUCCUCUAUGUGCCAACCAACCAUGUUUAACUACGAACGUCCAAAACACUUUAUCCAGUCUAAGACCGUGUGCCAAGGGCAACAGCAGCCUCCAGGACCUGCAGCAGCCUCCACAGAGCCAAGCAGAGAAAUCAAACAGUCCUCCAUCCUCAUCCAGCCUCGUAACCCCAGCGGGCAGAAAUUCUCCUCCUCGUCAUCGCUGAGCUCUUCAAUCACGCUCUCCUCGCCUUCCUGUAGCGCCCCUAAGGAAUCCACCUAUCCCAUCACUCCUGCAUCUGCACAGUCUCCUGCUAGCUCAUCACCCGGCCAGAGGCUGCUGCCCAUGCCUAACCAAUCCCCCGCAGCCUUCCUGUGCUCCGUGCUCCCCUCGCAGCCCGGCUACAGCAGCCCGGCUCCUUCUCCCGUGGAAGCUCCUUACUCACAGCCCAUGUAUAACAAACAAGCCAGCAUCAACUCUAUGCAGAAGACAUCAGACCAAGAAAUUCGAGGAACAAAGGAGGCCCUCAUCCAGGACCUGGAGAAGAAACUGAGAUGCAAGGACAGCCUCCUGCAGAAUGGCAACCAGAGACUGACCUAUGAGGAGAGGAUGGCUCGCAGGCUGCUCGGACCAGUGAAUGCUGCCUCAGUGCUGGACUCACAGAGUGAAGACAGCGUGCAGAAUGCACAGCACCAGAAUGCAGAAAACAUCAGGCUGCAGGUUCCCACCACACAUGUCAGGAGCAGACCAUCCUCUAGAGGCGACGAUCGCGGACAUGACUCAAUCCAGGAGAAGUUUUUCCAGCCACGUUUCACACAAGUGCCUGAAGAUGUGGUGAUCGAGGAGGGGCGGUUCUGCAGGCUGGACUUCAAAGUCAGUGGGCUCCCCACUCCAGAUGUGAUGUGGUACCAGAAUGGAAGGAUGGUUCACCAGGAUCAGUUCCACAAAAUGAUAGUGUCAGAAAAGGGGUUCCACUCGUUCAUUUUUGAAGCAGUCAAAUCAGCUGAUGCAGGGACAUACGAAUGUGUGGCUGUCAACCGUGCAGGAGAAGCAUCUUUCACAGUAAAAGUGGAAGUAAUUGCUAAAGAGCAUCACACGCCUCCAACUUUCAUUUUCAAGCCCCAAAGCAAAAAGGUUUUUGAAGGAGACACAGCCAGGCUGGAAUGCCAGAUCUCUGCCAUCCCAACCCCUCGGAUUUACUGGAAAAGAAACAACGAAAUGGUACAAUAUAACACGGACCGAAUAAGCUUGCUCCAUGACAAUACUGGAAGGAUUUGCCUGCUGAUCCACAAUGCCACCAAGAAGGAUGCUGGCUGGUACACCGUGUCUGCUGUCAACGGGGCAGGGGUGGCCACGUGCCACGCCAGGCUAGAGGUUGCAACACAUACAAAUAAGCCACUUCCAGCCCCAAAGCAGUUACGGGUUCGACCAACCUUCAGCAAGUACUUGGCACUCAAUGGAAGAGGACUGGAUGUGAAACAAGCUUUCUCACCAGAAGGGGAGUUUCAGCGUUUGGCUGAGCAGUCUGGACUGUAUGAAAGUGAUGAACUUUAACUGGAAAUGAAGAGGAAAACCUCACACCCAUAAGAGACAGUUACAACAUAGAUGCAGUUAACUGGUGAUUGCUCUAAUUAGCAAAAUACCUACUUGCAUAUUUUUACCUUGACUCUUGCACAUUCAGCUGUUCCUGUUUUACCAUGUUAGAUUUUAUUUAUAUGGUUUGGUGACUGUAACCAUUACUGAGUAUUGCAUUUGAACUAGAAAGCCUAAGAAAGCAGGUGAAUUAGUUUUAACAAGUGUGGGUGGGCUUAGUUCCACCUGUGCUUGGUUACAUGCUAAGGUAGCUUGAUUUGUGCUGCUUCUCUAAUAUCACUCAUGGUAAUAUCAGAAGUCUGUACUGUCUGAAUACUAAAACCAAAUAGAGUAGAGUGUUUUUAUGAGAAUAAAUUAGAGGCAAAUAAAAUUUUAAAUAACCAACCAA